AUCCACCGGCCGCGGCCCGCCUCGCUUUGGUCCCGCCGUCGGCUCGCACCGCCUCGUAGUCUCCGUUUCCACCCACCUCGCGCUCCGCCUCCGCCGCCAAUGCUGGGGCCAGAGCUUUCCGCGGCGGCCGGAGGCGACGAAUGGUGGGCGUGGUGGGUGGGCCGCGAUCUGGUCAGGCGGCGGAAGGAGCACCGCGGGCCGCAGCCGGUACGGAAAGGGGGCGGGCGCUCCUCACCUUCCCGCCGUUGCUAUUUUGCUCCUGAGCGGACGGCGUAAGCAUCCCGCUUCAGUGGUGCCUGAACUGAUGGCCUUGGAAUGGGGAUCGGAUUUGCUGAGCGCUGGGGUAGUGGAUGUGGAGGGGAGGACGGAGGGGCCUACUGACCGCGGGUCAACCGGCAUCUUUGGCUGGCUGCCAUGGAAUGCCUGGAUGAUCACGGAGGAGAUUGGCGCCACCAAGUGAUGAUCUUGCCACGAUUAACUGCAGGAACUUUGCAAGAUGGUGAGCUUCAUGGGCCUGAUUUGAAGCUGUUACUCUAUCAUUGUCCCAAGUAAGGACCCUUGAUGGGAUUUAUGGAUACUGAACUGUAACAGUAGCUUCUCUGGCAUUUUGAACCAGGGAACACGGCAAAGGCAUCUGAGUGCUUGCUCCUGCAAUACCGAACAUGUCUGUGGAGAAUAAUGGUUCGUCUGAGAUGGGUGCUGGUCAGCGAAUGGCUGUUGGCCGGAAGCUGCUCCCACCUAUUACACCAGGUGGUGCACCAGUUUUUGUGAGGGAAAAGCAGUAUGAUGCCAUCAUUCGGCUGCGUGAACGCCGCCGUCGUGUCGAAGAAGCAAGGAAGGGAAGGGCGCUCAAAGUUAAGAAACCCAUUCCAAGAUGUCCUAAAGGGCACUUUGUCAAGACCAAGGGCUACCAGAAAGGUACCAAUGGAGGCAUCAUGGUGCCAUUCCGCGCCACCCAAAGAGACUGUUGCCUGCCCUUCAUCUUAGCCAAUGGCUACAAGGAAGUGACCACUGUUGGCAGCGAGUUGCAAAGCAGCACCCCUGCAAUAGGCUUCAAUUGGCUCUUUAAUGCAACCAAUGAAGGUGGUGAACAUUUUGGUGAGAUCAUGUAUUUGCCCUUGAUCGCAACCAAUGUAGGCGAUGCAAAUGGUGGUGAGGUCUCCUAUGACUGUGAGGCGCCAAGCAACACCCCAGGAAUGUGCCUUUGUUGCCCCUUCGCCGAAACCAGUGAAUACUAUGAGAACAUCACUGAGGCCACCUCUGGUAGCAUGGUUUCAAUCAGCAACCCCACAGGGGACUUCUAUUGGCCCGUUGUGGCGACCAAUGAGGAGGAAAACGUCGGCGCCACCGCCUACGGCAGCAUCCUGAACCUGGAAUCGCCCGAUCCCACCACGCUCCUCAAGAUCAUGAUGGGGAACGGGUACAACACCGACCAAGUCUCGGAGCAGUUCCAGAACGUGGCGCACCUCCAGGCUCCUGAAUUCGCCACCCUCCUGACCGUCAUGAACAACGCUGGCUAUGAUGAGGCCGCGGACGACAGCCACUAUGACGUGCACAAAGUAAUGACGAAGUUAGAAGGGUGGUAACCAGCAGCAGUAGGUCAUACUUAGGCCUGCCCUGCCAUCGUUUUGCAGCCUUGUGUGUAGGCUUGCCCAGUUCUCUGGUUGAUGGCUAUCUAUCUGUUCUCUUUUGCUUGUGUCCUGACUCCAGUUUCUCAGAUUGCCUGAUGGUCAGCUCUGAAGGUUCCUGAACCUGUUUGGUUAAUAAGGCUAUGUACUGAGCCUAGCUCCAAGUUUGAGUUCUGUUGGGGGCUUGGAUUGGAGGGGUUUUUUUUUUGGCUUCUUAUUUGCCUUGAUACCUUGUUAUCUAGUUCCUUCUAGUUUAGUCAUCUUAGUAAAGGAUGCUUAAAGAACGGUUGUAUGGACCUGGUUUAUGUAUGGUAGAAAAUCUUGGAUAUUAACUAAAAAGGUAAAAUCUUGGAUAUUAUUAAUUUGGGUAUUA